GGGACAUACUUAUAAAUUAAAAUAUUUUUUAAAACAUCUUCAUUAAACUAAUAACCAAAAAAAACAAAUCAUAAGAAAGAAAAAAGGGAAAAAAAGAAAAGAAGAAGAAGAGAAGAUCUCUUUCUUGCAAUUUCCAAAUUGUUUCCUGCUUUCAAGUUUCAACAACCUCCUACCAGCUCAACACGCGCCUUGCAGUUAUAAUCAUUAUUAUUUUUUCGUGUUCUUUUUAUUAGGGUUCUUUAAUUGGAUCACACAUCUCCUCUCCUUUUCUUUUAACUUCGCUAGCGAUUUUAAAACUUUUUUGCCUCAAUUGAGUUCUUGAUUGUACAGUGGAUUCUUGGUUUUUUUUCUUUUUUCUUUUUUGUUCAAAUUCUUGAAUCCAAGAAUCAAGAAUGCCAUUACCAUGGAAAAAAUCCAGAGUUUCAAGAAUUUCUCGUAUUGUUGCGGAUCUUCAGCCACCAAAACCAGGGAACUCCUCGCUUGUUGUUGAAACAGGUUUCCCUACUUCUCUUGUUGAUCUCUUUGUCAAGAAUCGUGAACGUUUAAAGAAUCCCAUCAAGAAAAGAAAGAAGCACCAGCAGCAGCAGCAGCAGCGGUUUGUUGAUGAACUUGUCAUCUCUGAUCCAAUACCAUUGUCUAGUUCCAGAGAUUUGCUAGUUCAGCAUGAUGUUUAUAUGGAGAACAAGCCUCACAGCCCAGAGAAUUUGGAGGGUACGACUGAAACUUCAAAUAAUAAUAAUAAUAAUAAUAAUAAUAAUAAUAAUAAUAAUAAUAGUGAUAGUAACAAUAAUAAUAUUACAAGUGAAGAUCGAAAUCCUGAUUGUAAUAAUCAGAAGGUUAUGAAAGGAUGUGAUGGCGUUGAGGGUAAUGCUGGUAAUAAGAAGGGGACAUGUGUGUUAAUUGCAGUUCUGAAGAUGUUUGUUGUGGUUGUUUUGGCUUUCAGUACGAAAAGACUUGCUCUUGGGAUAACACUGUCUGCUUCUCUGCUUAUUUUUCUUGAGUACAUUGGGAAGCAUCUUUUCUGUUUCCUGAAGCCAUCAUGUUUAAGUGCAAGAAUGGCAUUUCAAUCUUUAAUCCAGAGGGUCCUUCUGUUCUUUCAAAGAAGAUGGUCUUCUUUGAAAGGAGAAGGAAAGAAAGGACCUAAUUAUGAUGAUGAUAGUUGCGGUGGCUUGAUUCAGGAUACUGGGUCAAUCUCUUUUAUUGAGGAAAUUCAAGUUGAAGAAGCCAGACUUGAUAUAGUUUCUCGGCUUGAAGAUAAUAAGGGAGUGCAACAUGAAACAAUGAGGGACCUAUUGAGGUGGGAUAAGAGAUGGGGGAAUUUCGAUGAAGAUGAAGAAGAAGAUGAUGGUGGACCUAUGAUUUGUGAAAAGCAACAUAGCCAAAGUUGUAAAAUCAGAAGGAAAAUCAUCAAGAAACUAAUGCCUAAGAAGUUGCGCAACAUGAAGAAAGGGAGAAAGGGGAAGGAGAAGGGAUUGAAGGAAGCUGAUUCGGUGAGUGAAGCAUCUAGUUGUUGCGGAGAGGACCAACUAUGUAGAAAUGAAGACACAGAAGAGCAAGAUAAUUUUGAGACACGAGGCAAAGUAAAACUGCAGCAAUUGAUGGAAGAAGAAGGAGGAAAUUUUACAAGUGAUGGAAAAGAAGCAGAAAGGGGAAAAUAUGGGAAUGAAGAAUUUGAGCAAAGAGUUCCUACUUCUAAUACUGGGCUGCAUUCUAAGUCAGAAAAGAUAGUUGUUGAGGGAAAUGUUGAUAUUGUAAAAGGGGGCAGCUCAGGUUAUCUGAUUCUGUUUCUUAUUGUUCUUGCGGGACUUGUAGGGGGUCGAGCUCUAGCCCUUCUGAUUACUGUAACGUCCUGCUCCAUGUUAAAAUUGGUGCGGAGACGAAGUAAAUUGUGUAAAUGAGUGCAAACUGGUCUUCUGCUGCAUCAGGCUAAGAUCUUUAUUGGUGUCUUGUCCAGGAAGGAUAUUUAUUUGUUCUUUUGGAGUGAUGUUGUAGCGUUUGCUUUUCGUGGGGUGUUCUUCAAUGUCACAAUUGUAAUCUAGAGGUUCAGUCUUGACUGGCAAUUCCAACCUUUUUGUUGGCAUUCCAACUUGAGGUGUUGUACGUGAAAUGUAAAUUUUACAAACACAGAUUCAGAAAUUAUAAAUACUUCAUUGCUCGAGUUAGCAAAUCAAUUGCUGCA